UCCCCCUCCUAUGAUUUUUAAAACUUCAGUAGUUUGAACUAUUUGAAUCAAAGUUUAAACUUUGAUUUAGAUAGCUCUUUAAGAAUUUUGCAAUGUCAGCUGUGAAGUUUGAACUGGAUUAUCUUUCUCCUGAAUGCUUCAGACAUGAGCAUGAUUCCAGCCCAGAUUUUACUUUAACCUGCUUGACUGAACUUUCUGGUGAUUCUAGUCAAUUGGAACUUCAGCACUCGAAUUCUGUCCCUGUUGGCUUGCAAAAGUUUUGCUCUUCUCAUCGUGGGCUUGAAAAUAGUGUGUGGGUUGCCAAAGGCAAAUACAAUGAAGGUAUGAAUAUAAGCAAGAGUGAGAUAGCAAAAGAAACUUCAUUAAAACCAUCUCGGAGAUCCCUGCCUUGCCUGGCCCAGAGCUAUGCUUACUCAAAGAACUUGAGCCAAUCUACCUCACUCUUCCAGUCAACUGAGAGUGAAUCUCAGGCUCCCACUUCUGUAACCUCAAUCCCUGCUGACAAAGCAGAGCAAGUUAACACUGAGGAAGGCAGAAAAGACUCUGUGCUCAGAUGUUCUUUUGCUGACCUCAGUGACUUUUGCUUGGCCCUAGGAAAAGAUAAGGAUUACACGGAUGAAUCAGAACAUGCUAAUUAUGACCGAUCUCGCCUCAUUAAAGACUUUGUCCCCCAAAAUAAUUCUGAACCCAAGCCCAGAUUGCCUAAGAAUGACAUGAAUUACAUAGCAUCCAGUGGACUUCUAUUCAAAGAUGGCAAAAAGCGGAUUGAUUACAUCCUGGUUUAUAGAAAGUCAAAUAUACAGUAUGACAAAAGAAACACAUUUGAAAAGAACCUCAGAGCAGAAGGCUUGAUGUUAGAAAAGGAGCCAGCUGUUGCAAACCCUGAUAUCAUGUUUAUUAAAAUUCAUAUUCCAUGGGACACGCUGUGCAAGUAUGCAGAGAGGCUGAAUAUCAGGAUGCCCUUCAGGAAAAAAUCCUAUUACACUGACCAGAGGAGCAAAUCAAUGGGCAGGGUGCAAAAAUAUUUUAGAAGAAUCAAAAAAUGGAUGUCCCAAAACCCCAUGGUUCUUGACAAGUCAGCUUUCCCAGACCUGGAGGAGUCAGACUGCUAUACUGGCCCCUUCAGCCGUGCACGAAUUCACCACUUCAUAAUAAACAAUAAGGACACCUUCUUCAGCAAUGCUACUCGAAGCAGGAUAGUCUAUCACAUGCUGCAGCACACCAAAUAUGAAAAUGGAAUAUCAAAAGUGGGUAUCUGUAAACUUAUAAACAAUGGUUCAUAUAUAGCAGCUUUUCCCCCACAUGAGGGAGCCUACAAGAGUAACCAGCCCAUCAAAACCCAUGGACCUCAGAAUAACAGACAUCUAUUAUAUGAGCGCUGGGCACGCUGGGGAAUGUGGUACAAGCAUCAGCCCCUGGAUUUAAUCAGGCUAUACUUUGGUGAGAAGAUUGGGCUAUACUUUGCUUGGCUGGGGUGGUAUACUGGAAUGCUGAUUCCUGCAGCUAUUGUUGGCUUGUGUGUUUUCUUCUAUGGAAUAUUAACAAUGAAUGCAAGUCAAGUAAGCCAAGAAAUUUGCAAGGCCACUGAAGUCUUCAUGUGCCCUCUCUGUGACAAGAACUGCUCACUGCAGAGACUCAAUGAAAGCUGCAUUUAUGCCAAGGUAACAUAUCUGUUUGAUAAUGGAGGGACAGUCUUCUUUGCUAUUUUUAUGGCAAUAUGGGCCACAGUCUUCCUGGAGUUUUGGAAAAGGAGAAGAAGUACACUGACCUAUACUUGGGACCUUAUUGAAUGGGAAGAAGAGGAGGAAACACUUCGUCCCCAGUUUGAAGCAAAGUAUUACAAGAUGGAGAGAGUGAAUCCCAUCAGUGGAAAACCUGAGCCUCAUCAGCCUUCCUCAGACAAAGUCACUCGGCUUCUUGUUUCUAUCUCAGGAAUAUUCUUCAUGAUUUCUCUGGUGAUCACUGCAGUGUUUGCAGUCGUGGUGUAUCGCCUGAUUGUCAUGGAACAGUUUGCAUCAUUCAAGUGGAAUUUCAUCAAACAACACUGGCAGUUUGCAACUUCUGCUGCUGCAGUCUGUAUCAAUUUUGUGAUCAUUAUGGCACUGAAUCUUGCUUAUGAAAAAAUUGCUUACCUUCUCACUAAUUUAGAAUAUCCUCGAACAGAAUCUGAAUGGGAAAACAGCUUUGCUUUGAAGAUGUUCCUCUUCCAGUUUGUCAAUUUAAACAGUUCUAUCUUCUAUAUUGCUUUCUUUUUGGGGAGAUUUGUAGGCCAUCCAGGAAAGUACAAUAAACUUUUCAACCGGUGGAGACUGGAGGAAUGUCAUCCUAGUGGCUGUUUGAUAGACCUUUGCCUCCAGAUGGGAGUUAUCAUGUUUUUGAAGCAAAUAUGGAACAAUUUCAUGGAACUGGGAUACCCGUUGAUCCAGAACUGGUGGUCACGACAUAAAAUCAAGCGGGGAAUACAAGAUGCUUCCAUACCGCAGUGGGAAAAUGAUUGGAAUCUACAGCCCAUGAAUAUUCACGGACUGAUGGAUGAGUACUUAGAAAUGGUUUUGCAGUUUGGUUUUACCACCAUCUUUGUUGCGGCUUUUCCUCUGGCCCCUCUUUUGGCUUUGUUAAACAAUAUCAUUGAAAUCAGGCUGGAUGCGUACAAAUUUGUCACCCAGUGGCGGAGGCCUUUGCCAGCCAGAGCAACUGACAUAGGUAUCUGGUAUGGAAUUCUUGAAGGAAUUGGUAUAUUGGCUGUGAUUACCAAUGCGUUUGUAAUUGCUAUUACAUCUGAUUACAUCCCACGUUUUGUCUAUGAAUACAAAUAUGGCCCCUGUGCCAGUCAGUUUGAAUAUAGUGAAAGUUGUUUAACAGGAUAUGUCAACAAUAGCCUAUCCUUCUUUGACCUGAGUGAGCUUGGCAUGGGAAAAUCUGGUUAUUGCAGGUACCGAGACUACAGAGGUCCUCCUUGGAGUUCCAAACCCUAUGAAUUUACCCUACAAUACUGGCAUAUCCUCGCUGCUAGAUUGGCCUUCAUUAUUGUGUUUGAGCACCUUGUUUUUGGAAUCAAGUCAUUCAUCGCCUACCUGAUUCCAGAUGUACCAAAGAAUCUAUAUGACCGAAUACGACGGGAGAAGUACUUAGUCCAAGAAAUGAUGUAUGAGGCUGAACUAGAACAUUUGCAACAACAACGGAGAAAAAGUGGUCACCCUGUUCACCAUGAAUGGCCUUAGUUGAUACCUGUUGCCCAGCAGGGGCAAUACCAUUAGUGGGCAUGAUGGCAACGUCAAAUUCUAGGUGGGAUCUAGGAGGAAGGCAUACCUGGCAAAACAUAUGUGUAAUAUGUUACUUGGAAAUGCAUCACAGCCAUCUCUGGGAUUUGAAAUAUCCAAGCUUCUAGGGAAGAAAACAAAUGACCCAUGACCUUAAAAAAAAUGGUUAAAUUGACAUUGCAGGAAGCCAGGAUCUAAUUCUCAGAACUAGCCUCAGGGAGUUGUGUGUUUGGAAACCUCCACCUUCCAUCAGCUGCAGUGUAAUAGGAAGGGUGAUGAUGAGGUUUCUAGAGACAGAUUUCCAUGUAAAUGUACACAAGCCAGGCAUGACUUAAAGUAUCAUGUGGUCCUCACCCACAUACUAAUCUUUGGAUGUCUUUGGAACCUUAGACUGAGUUGAGAUACUUACAAGAAAUGGCAAAUCAAUUAUUACCUUUGCUGCCUGAACUCCAUGUCCCUUCAGCUUACUGUUUCAUAGAAAUUUCCCUUAUUUCUUGGUGAGAUUUUGGAUCUGUGCCACAGGGAAUUUAUGCUGCUUUACACUGACUAUGCAGUUGAAGAGUUGCACAUCGUUAGUAGUCAAACCAAAAAUCUAAGACUCCAAAAAGAAUACCAUUCAUUGAAAUCAUAUUCUAUUGCAUUGGCUACAUUCUAAUCUGUUUUAUCACUGGCAGAUUCAGUUUUACUGCAUUUUUUUUUUUUUUUUUUUUUGCUAAACGCCAAUAGAGCCACAGAGUUAUAGAAUAUGGAUGCAUGUUCUUAUAUCAUUUAGAACAUGAUGAAUCCAUAUUUUACUGUGGAAAGCUGUUUUAUAGUAUAUUUAAUUUCCACCUCCCUGAUUUAUUACAACACUCUCACAGAAUAACUUGAAAUGCUGUAAAUAUGUUGGUUUUCCUUGUACCUUUGCACCUGAACAAUAUGGAAUGCAAGUUACAAUUCAUGCAGCUCUGAGACCAGUUACACAGUACGCCAUUGUGGCUUAUUUAUUCAGGAAAACAGAAGCCAGAUGCUUUGCAACACUUAAGCUUUUCCAACAAUGUGCACUCUUGCUCCUGAGCUGAUGAAAACAAUGCAUGAAUAUAAAUUUAUAUUAUUUGUAAAAAACAUACAUUUUUUUGAGUUUUACUUUCUUUUCAUCACUGAAGGGAGUUUUCUGUUAUUAUUUCUUUGGUAGAUUGGUUUGAUUUAUUUUUGAAAACUCACUAGAAACAAAGUCAAAUUAAUUGUGCAAGACAUCAUUUUUGCUUUGUUGUGGAGUUGCUGUUUCUCUGAACUCUGUAUCUGUGAGUGUGAAUGUUCACAGGCUGAUGUUGUAGGAAUGAUGACGCAUUCAACUAAAGAAAGUCUGGUGGAGGCAUAAACUAUGGAAGCAGGAUGGGAGAGAAGAGAAGAGUUGAAUUAAGAAAAUAUAUGGUAGAAAUCAAGACACUUUUUCUUGCAAAACAAAGCUAAUCUCAGUUUUCUUCCCCUGGGAAUGGGAUGAGGAAUACAUAAUCAUACAAAUAUGUGAUUAUUUUUUGUGCAAUUUAACAAAGUACAGUUAUUUCCAAAUUUUAUAAAGAUCAGAUUAAACCCAAUGGGAAUAAAGCUACUUUGUAAUAUAUA